UUGCGUAGGAGGUCUAUGUCUGUUAGUGCAACCACAGAGUGUGAUGCCCCGUUGACGUUACGAAACUACAGGCGCCAGGGAAUGGACGGGAACGUCUAUUGUGAGAAACAUGUUCCGGCGUCCAGGAUGCUUGCGGACCUUGAAGUUGACAGGAAAGCUACCAAUGAUUUCUUUGAUCUCUUGGAGCGAAUGCAGAGUCAGCGUUUUGACGAUCAGCGAUGUGAGAUGCCGCUUAAUGUGCAGCGAUAUGAUUUUGUUGAAAUUUUGCUGAGAUUGCAAUCUCAAAGAAUGGAAGAGCAGCGUUGUGAACUGCCUUGUGGGAAGGUUAGUUGCCAAGAGAGAAAGCAUAGAGCAGAGAGCACAGUGGAGAUGAUUUUAAAGGGUCCUGGCCCCUACCCCAUGAUAUCUGUGCCUACAGCAGGUGGUUACUGGGUAGAUGGGACUGAUCACUCCUGCCCUCUGGAUAAUGAGGGAAACCCUACUAUGGCGACACCUGUUGGGCCUUAUAAGGUUGAAGAUGAUGAAACAGUGUUAAAUUAUAGGAGACAUUUCUUAGGGAAGGAACAUUUCAAUUUUUAUGCCAUGGAUGAUAACUUGGGCCCUAUAAUAAUGUCAGUGAAGACAGAAAACGUGUCCUCCCAGGAACAUGUUCGUAUUAUCCUUAGAACACACAGGGGCACGCAGCACGAGAUUGUCCCAGUGUGCAACUUGGAACCACUUCCAAGUCCUGCCCGCAUGGCUAAAAUGAUAUGCGAUGAUAUCACAACUGAGCAUUUUCACCCUGUAUUGUUUCCAAAGGGAUCAGAAAUGAUAGUCAACUACGAUGAACACAUUCUGACAAAUACUUUUAAGUUUGGGGUCAUAUACCAAAGAUUUGGGCAGACAAAGGAAGAGGAAGUAUUUGGAAACAGGACGCAUAGUGCUGCUAUGGAGGAGUUCCUGAACGUCAUGGGACAGAGAAUACAGCUAAAAGAUUUCAAAGGUUUUCGUGGUGGUUUGGAUACAAAUCAUGGUCAGACUGGAGAAGAAUCUGUUUACACAAAAUUCCGAGACAGAGAAAUUAUGUUCCAUGUAUCAACAUUGUUACCCUACACUGAUAUGGAUCCACAGCAGUUGCAGAGGAAGAGGCACAUAGGCAACGACAUAGUGUCCAUAGUGUUUCAAGAUGAGAACACGCCUUUUGUGCCUGAUAUGAUAGCUUCCCACUUCCUGCACACCUUCAUAGUUAUACAGCCAAUCAAUGCCAAUACAGAAAAUGUAGCUUACAAGGUGUCUGUAACAGCAAGAGAUGAUGUCCCAUUUUUUGGACCAACGCUACCUUCACCUGCUGUGAUUGUAAAGGGACCAGAAUUCAGAGAGUUUCUGCUGACCAAACUGAUAAAUGCAGAAAAUUCAUGUUAUAAGGCCCAGACUUUUGCCAAACUGAAUGAUCGAACUCGGGCAGCCUUGCUAGAAACACUGUAUCAAGACUUGCUGAGAAAGAACACGUCACUGUUAUCUUACCCAAUCAAUGGAAAGACAGAAAGCAGCCGAUUGGUGGAAACAUUUAAAAAACUGACUGGGCGAGUGCGUACGCAGACGAUAGAUAAUGGUUCCUUGCAAGCGUCAAGAAAAUCAGUACUUGCCCCACCCUCCCCUCUAGCAACAGUGGGAGAGACAAACAAGUCCCCAUCUGCAGGCAAGAAAGCAAUGAAGAGUUUGGCACGUCGUUUCUCUAGUGCAGCCUUUGACAGGAAAGAAAAAGAUAACAGUUCAGAUAAAAGCAGCUGCCAAUGUCGUUUAUCAGACAGUCCAAGUGCGAGUAGUAUCAAUCAGUCAUUUAAGACCUGCAGUCCCCCCUCCAGCCCAGCCUCUAGUCAAGGAAGUAGUGGAAAAUCAAGACAAAGUCAAAGCAAAAUGCAGAUAUCUCCCUCCAACUCUACCAGUAGUUUCAACAGCAUUAUAGAUGAAGGAAUUGUGGAACAGCAGUUUAUUCAUGAUCAUGAUGACUCUGACACAGGACUGGAGAGCAUGUCAUCUGCUGAGACCCCAAAUUGUAAAAGAAUAUCCUUUUCUCACAGCUUCAGUGAGGACCACUCAAGUUUAGCAUUUAUGACAGAUGAAGAUAUUUUAAAGCAGAUAGAAGUUCUGAAAGUGGACAUUGGCAAACUGAAGCAUGAGAAAUCAGACCUGCUAAAGCAGAAUGCGGUAAGA